UAUGCUUCUCCCCUCACUCCUGCCGUUCUUUAGACUAUUUGCACUCGUUCAUUCAUUCAAUCGUUCGUUACUCGAAAAGCGAGGAGAUCUCCCAGGUGAAACCAAACUUGAUCAACAGUCUUUCUUUCAAACUUCGUUGAGUCGAGCUCCUCGUCAGACGCUCCCUUUUUUUUAAUUGGCGAUUUUGUAACGAAAUCAUCUUUAAUGAAAGAUUAAGAGGACGUUAAAAAAUAAAUACCAAGUCAUUCUUUUAUCACAAUCUACGUACACACGAUCUCGCAAUGAAGCACAUCAAAUUCCUCCUCUCUGCUCUCAUUGCAGUAUCGUCCAGUCGCGCCGGCCCAACGCCGGUUCUCGAUCUCUCGACUAUCGGUUCCGCUGAAACGGAACUCCUUGUCCGCGAAGGCAUAAAUUUCGCGCGUAGCCAGGACAUCGAGAAGCGGGCCUCGGCGGAUUUCUCUCUGGAGAGAUCGUGGAAUAACGAGGUUCUGUUCGGCGGCGAAUGGAACGACACAACCCCCGACAACGCAGGCUCAGCCCACGCCGAGCUCUCAGUGACCUGUCUCACAUGCUACACGCACGGCACGGUCACGGCAAAAGUGACAGACAAGCACUUCCUCAAACCACAGCUAAAGCUCAGUUUCAGCGGCGUCCAGGCCUACGCCAAUCUCGACGUGCGCGCGAGCGCAGGCCAGACGUUCUCGCUGAACCUAUUCGCGUCGGAUUCGCCUCUAGGCAUCGGCAUUUCCGGGCUCGACGUUGGCGUGGUUUUCUUCGUGGAUCUUGUCUUCAGUAUAAGCGAGGCUAUCGAUCUUACUGCUGGGUUUCAGGUCUCUGUUCCUGAUGAUGCGUAUCUUGAGGCGGAUAUCUUUGGAGGCGAUAUUGAUGAUUCCGCUUUCGAGGGCCUAAACAGCCAGUCUCUCCCAGUGACAGUCGUAUCCGGCACCGCGACGUUCAAAGCGGAUCUGCGUCUCCGCGUCCAAGCCGGCGCCGAGGCAAGCAUCGACCUCUUCGGCAUCGGCGCGGGCGCGGUGAUAGGCAUCUACGCUAACAUCAUUGAGUUCGUGGCCGUCAUCGAGAAGACGCCUACGUGUGAUUUGGAGACGGAGAUAUGGUGGGAUCUUAACGUUGGCGCGUAUGCGCAUCUCGACGUCGUUGUGGACUACACCACCCUCGGCCCCGUGCCCACCGUCUCAACAACCCUCCUCGCAGCAGACACGAUAACCAGCUGCUGGGUUGAGGCACCUACGACGCCGGCGUUACCCGCUACUACAAGCGAUGUGGCGGCGAGUUCCUCGUUGCCGGUCAUCUCGUCUACACCCGCAGAAACAGGAAGUACUGAAGUUCCUUCUUCUGUCGAAGCCACGAGUGCUUCCGCUACGGAAUCAACCCUCACGUGGUCCCCAAGCAUGGUUCUCACAGUCACAGCUUCCGAAAUCAGCUUCUCGAUGCCCGACGCCUCACCCACGGAUUCCGCUUCGUCUCUAUCUACACCCGCUACACCCAGCUCUUCCGCCGCCCCUCUCACAACUUCCACUUCCUUGUCUCAAUCCAGUUACAGCCCAGGCGGAAGCAGUUUCUCAGUUUCAGCUUCAUCCGUGUAUUAUUCGUCCUCAGUCGCAGCAGUAUCAAGUCACAAUUACGCAGCGAUCACAUAUCCCAUUUCACUUCCCAUCUCCGUCUCUAUCCCUUCCGCAUAUUCUUCUUCCCCCUCCCCCUCCCCCUCUUCUUCUUCUGCUGUUGUUGGUCCAACAUACACAUCAACAUACACCCACACAAUGACAAUCUGCGGGGCCCCAGGCGUAAUGAACUGUCCAGCCACAUACCAAACGGAAGUAAUCGUGACGCGGACGACGACAAUCUGUCCCGCCACUCCUACCCUUACCUCAACCACGACCCCGAUCUCCACACCCAAUACCGAUCCAUCCGCACUCUCAAUCCCUCCCACACCCUCUACACCAACAGUCCCCAGCUCAGACGUCGUCAUCAUCCUCACGCCUCUCCCAACCCCCAUCAAAGCAACAUUCACCGCGCCAAAGUCGACUCCGACAGAGCACGCAAAGGCAUACACCUAUGACCAUCUCUCACCAGCAGAGAAACCAGAGACGACGACAGCGACCAUCACAUCCACCACCACAAUCACAGCGCUAGUCAGCAGCCACAGCAGCGUCUUUCCCACGCCAACGUCUCUGACCAUACCAGCUGUGAGCGUCGUUAUUCCGAACGUAAAUGUCCCGGGGAUCGGGAACGGCACCACCGUCAGCAGUACAGGUUUCGUUCCAGGCGCCACGCCAUCCGGUAUCUCUACCCCUGGACCUCAAACACCUGUCAUUGCGGCAGCCGGCCGCGUCUCUGGCGACGACGCGGCAUAUGCAAAUGCUCUUAUAGCAGUUCUUGUCGCUCUGUCAAUAAGAUUCUUGUAGAUUAGCAAAGUUCUACUUAUAACUGCACGUUAUGUCAUUAUAAAUUUGAUAUGGGAGCAGAUAGACCUAAGCACUUAAACCCAAGACAGCACUUGCACAGGACAUAUCUACGGUGAGACGACGUUCAUUCUUCUAGUCAUAUCAGGCAUGGAACAAUAGGCUAGGUAGUUUUGAAGCAGCGGUGUCAGGAAAUAAUUUAAUUAAUUAGUGAUAAUACCAUGCUCAUGUGAUCCUAGCUUUGUGCAAAAGGUA